CGUAAGUCGGGCGGCAGCGUAGUCUGCAGCCGCCGGCGGCGCCGCCACAUUCAACAGGCAGCAGCUCAGCUGGCGCGCCGCGGGGGAGAGUCAGCGGCCCGCGGCGUCUGUCCGACCGCCCUUUAGUCCGUGGCUCCGUCAGCAGGAGUGCGGCGCCACCUCUGCCAGGACCGGGCGGCUCUGGCCAGUCGUCCAGUACGUGCAGCGGACCCGGAGAAGCCUCGAUGUGGAUGCACACACGAAGUUAAGUUCUGGGCUCGCGCUUCCACUCCGCCACUCCGCCGCGCCUUCCUCCUAGUUUCAGUCCUGUAGCCGCGCCGACCUCGCUCCCCCAAUCUCGGACGGGCUCUUCGCGCCCCCUCCCCCUCCGCCCCCAGUGUUGCGCUCUCCUCCUUUUUGGCUCUCCCGCCGCUGGGGGAGGGGCGGGGGUCACCAUGGCUGAAGCGCCCCAGGUGGUGGAGAUCGACCCGGACUUCGAGCCGCUGCCCCGGCCGCGCUCAUGUACCUGGCCGCUGCCCAGGCCGGAGUUCAGCCAGUCCAACUCGGCCACCUCCAGCCCGGCGCCGUCGGGCGGCGCGGCCGCGAACCCCGAAGCCGCGGCGGGCAUGCCCUCGGCCUCGGCAGCCGCUGUCAGCGCCGACUUCAUGAGCAACCUGAGCCUUCUGGAGGAGAGCGAGGACUUCCCGCAGGCGGCCGGCUCCGUGGCGGUGGCGGUGGCGGCCGUAGCUGCUGCCACCGGGGGGCUGUGCGGGGACUUCCAGGGCCCGGAGGCGGGCUGCUUGCAUCCAGCGCCGCCACAGCCCCCGCCGCCCGGCCCGCUGCCGCAACACGCGCCAGUGCCCCCCGCCGCUGCUGCCGCGGGGCCGCUCGCGGGGCAGCCGCGCAAGAGCAGCUCGUCUCGCCGCAACGCGUGGGGCAACCUGUCCUACGCCGACCUCAUCACCAAGGCCAUCGAGAGCUCGGCGGAAAAGCGGCUCACGUUGUCGCAGAUAUACGAGUGGAUGGUCAAGAGCGUGCCCUACUUCAAGGAUAAGGGCGACAGCAACAGCUCGGCUGGCUGGAAGAAUUCAAUUCGUCAUAAUCUGUCCCUACACAGCAAGUUCAUUCGCGUGCAGAAUGAAGGAACUGGAAAAAGUUCUUGGUGGAUGCUCAAUCCAGAGGGCGGCAAGAGUGGGAAAUCCCCCAGGAGGAGGGCUGCAUCGAUGGACAACAACAGCAAAUUUGCCAAGAGCCGAAGCCGGGCUGCCAAGAAAAAAGCAUCCCUCCAGUCUGGCCAGGAGGGUGGCGGGGACAGCCCUGGAUCUCAGUUUUCCAAGUGGCCUGCAAGCCCUGGUUCUCACAGCAAUGAUGACUUUGAUAACUGGAGUACAUUUCGCCCUCGAACUAGCUCAAAUGCUAGUACUAUUAGCGGGAGACUUUCCCCCAUCAUGACUGAACAGGAUGAUCUUGGAGAUGGGGAUGUGCAUUCGAUGGUGUACCCACCCUCUGCCUCAAAGAUGGCCUCCACUCUGCCCAGUCUGUCUGAGAUAAGCAAUCCUGAAAACAUGGAAAACCUUUUGGAUAAUCUCAACCUUCUGUCAUCACCAACAUCGCUAACUGUUUCAACCCAGUCUUCACCUGGCACUAUGAUGCAGCAGACACCUUGCUACUCAUUUGCACCGCCAAACACCAGUCUGAAUUCACCCAGCCCAAACUACCAGAAAUAUACAUAUGGCCAAUCCAGCAUGAGCCCUUUGCCCCAGAUGCCUAUGCAAACACUUCAGGACAACAAAUCCAGUUAUGGAGGUAUGACUCAGUAUAACUGUGCACCAGGGCUGUUAAAAGAGUUGCUUACUUCUGACUCUCCUCCCCACAAUGACAUUAUGGCUUCAGUUGAUGCUGGGGUAGCCCAAACCAGCAGCCGGGUUCUGGGCCAGAAUGUGAUGAUGGGCCCUAAUUCGGUCAUGUCAACCUAUGGCAGUCAGGCAUCUCAUAACAAAAUGAUGACUUCCAGCUCCCACACCCAUCCUGGACAUGCUCAGCAAACAUCUGCAGUUAAUGGGCGUGCUCUGCCCCAUGCAGUGAACACCAUGCCUCACACCUCGGGUAUGAACCGUCUGACCCCAGUGAAGACAUCUUUACAAGUGCCUCUGCCCCACCCCAUGCAGAUGAAUGCCCUGGGGGGCUAUUCCUCAGUGAGCAGCUGCAAUGGCUAUGGCAGGAUGGGCGUUCUCCAUCAGGAGAAGCUCCCGAGUGACUUGGACGGCAUGUUCAUUGAGCGCUUGGACUGUGACAUGGAAUCCAUCAUCCGGAAUGACCUCAUGGAUGGAGACACGUUGGAUUUUAACUUUGACAAUGUGUUGCCCAACCAAAGCUUCCCACACAGCGUCAAGACGACGACACAUAGCUGGGUGUCAGGCUAAGAGUUAGUGAGCAGGCUACACUUAAAAGUCCUUCAGAUUGUCUGCCGGCAGGAACUGAGAGAAGCAGUCCAAAGAUGUCCUUAAGAUGUCCUUCACCAACCCCUUUAGUUUUCUUGAUUUAAAAACAACAACAAUAACAACAACAAAAAACCUUCCUCUUUUUCCUUUCGUCAGACUUGGCAGCAAAGACGUUUUUCCUGAACAGGAUGUUUGCCCGAGGUUUGCAGGUUAUGUGCUGCUGUAGAUAAGGACUGUGCCAUUGGAAAUUUCAUUACAAUGAAGUGCCAAACUCACUACACCAUAUAAUUGCAGAAAAGACUUUCGGAUCCUGGUGUGCUUUUGAGUUUUGUAUAUAUAAGCAGUAGAUACAGAAUUGUAUGUGUGUGUGUUUUUGUUUUCUUUUUUUUUUUUAAUAUCCAUUUGGUCCAAGACAGUUUAUACUCCUUUUUGUAAUACUGUGAUGGUCUCAUGUCUUGAUAACUUAAACUUUUGUUUGUACUACCUGUGUUCUGCUGAGCUGAUGGAUCACACAGAACUGAGAUCUCUGUUCUGCGCCUCCACUGAACAGCUCUGGGCCUGUUCACAUUGCCACAGAAUUCACAUGAGAACCAAGUAGCCUGUUACCAAUCUGCUGAAUUAACGGACUUGUCAAACUUUUGGAAGAAACAAGAAAAUAAAUUAAAUGCCAGCCUUGUA